AUGGGCAAGAAGCGUGUUCUCGUCAGUUACGGUGUCGAUGUAGACGCGGUGGCUGGUUGGCUGGGCUCUUAUGGGGGAGAGGAUUCCUCCAACGACAUUAGCAGAGGCUACUUUGCGGGAACGAUUGGCGUCCAACGCGUCCUCAAGUUUCUAGCAAAAUACGAUGUCAAGGCCACAUGGUUCAUUCCAGGUCACAGCCUCGAAACGUUUCCCGAAGAUAUGGCUGCUGUAAGAGACGCUGGGCACGAGAUCGGACUCCAUGGCUACUCCCACGAGAACCCCACCGAUAUGACCAUCGAGCAGCAAAGGGAAAUACUGGACAAGACAUAUCACAUGCUCACAGAGUUUGCAGGGAAACCCCCGAGAGGCAGCGUUGCGCCAUGGUGGGAAACCAGCAAGGAGGGUGCUCAGCUUCUACUAGACUACGGCAUUGAGUACGACCACAGCAUGAGCCAUCACGAUUGCCAACCGUAUUAUCUUCGGACGGGCGACGAAUGGACUAAGAUCGACUACAAGAAGAAGCCGAGCGACUGGAUGAAGCCUCUCGUCAGGGGGCAGGAGACUGGCCUCGUCGAGAUUCCAGCAAACUGGUACCUCGAUGACUUGCCGCCUAUGAUGUUUAUCAAGGACGCGCCAAACAGUCAUGGCUUCGUUAAUGCACGGGAUGUUGAGGACAUUUGGCGCGACCACUUUGACUACUUCUAUCGCGAGUAUGACGAGUUCAUUUUCCCAAUCACUAUCCACCCGGAUGUAUCUGGCCGGCCGCACGCGCUACUGAUGCACGAGAGACUCAUUGAACACUUCAAAAAGCAUGAGGGUGUCGAGUUUGUCACUAUGGAGCAAAUCUGCGAUGAGUUCAAGGGGAAGAAUGCACCACCACAAGGAGCCAUUAUGCCAGCAGAACCAGGGGCUAUGCUCAAGAAAACGUAA